AUGAGCGGUAUCCAGAACAACUUCCAGCCCGUCAUGGCCGAAGACACCACCGGCCCCCAAAUUAAUGGACAGCGUCGACGAUCGGGCCCCUUGAAGGACAUUGUUGCCCAACAAGACAGUCUUUACAAGUACAUCAGUUGGGAGGACCCAGCUCGAACUAUCGGAUCCUACUUUGCUGCCCUCGGCUUUCUGCUCGCCGUCCACCAUCUUCGCCUCACCCAACUGGCACUCAAGACCAGCGCCAUCGGUCUUGGAGUGAUGUCUGUAGCCGAGUUCGCCGGUCGAUCAUUCGGUCCCAACAACUUCGUCUCUCGAAUGCGUCCCAAGCAGUACAAGACCUUCCCCGAAUCCACCCUCAACGCUACACUCAAGGACAUCCACGAUUUCAUCCAAUAUGCUGCUGUCAAAGCUCAAAAGGUCAUAUUUGCCGAGGACCUCGAAAAGACAUUUUCGGCCUUCCUCAUCGCUACCUCGCUGUACUUCCUCACCCAGUUCAUGACCCCUUUCGGAAUUACCAUUUUGGCCCUAACAACAGUCUACAUUAUUCCUCUCGUCAGAUCCCCACAAGGCCGAGGCAUCGCCCGCGACGGAAUCGCACGAGCUCAGGAAAUCGGCAACGUCGCUGUCGACCAGGCCAGCACUAUGGCACAAGACAGCAAGGCCGCUGUUUCCAACAUGGCGUCUCGUGCCCAAGACACCGCUUCCAACUUGACCUCCAGCGCCCAGGAUACUGCUGGUACUCUUCGACAGCGUGCUGUUAACAUGGUUCCUGCUAACAUGGUUCCUGGAGUGAUGAAGGGCAACACUGCUAGCGACAUCACCUCCAGCGUCCCCCACAGCUCCUCCGAGCCUACUCAGGCUAGAGAUGUCUCUUCCAAGUACCCCAAGGAUGGCAUGUCUUUCAAUGAAUCCAAGGAAAUGGCUUCCAAGGCCGCCCAUGACAUGUCCCAUAGCUUCGAAAAGUCACCCAAGUCUAGCUUUAAUACUUCCGACAAGCCUAGUUACAGCAGCUCGGACAAGCCCAACUUCGGCACUCCCGUCAACCCUAGCUUCAAUACUACCGAUAAGCCAAGCUUCAGCAGUUUCGAUAACGCCUCUCAUGCCCCCGGUGUAUCUCAGUCCGCUGUCCAAGGUUUCCCCGAGCCAUCAAAGGACAGCUUCCCCUCCCACGGUCCCUCCGACGACUUUGGUGCAGUCACCAGCAACAAGUCACAGGCACCCAGCUCUCUUACCAGCAACAUCUCCAACGUUCCAUCCUUUACCGCUACCGGCUCCAACAUGUCCAGCAACCAGGCCCCUGCAGGCAAACGACCAUCCAUCGACGAUGGCGACUACGCCAUCCAGAACAAGAGGGAUCAGGGCUCUGAUUACCAACGAUUCGUUCCUCGCGAGGCUCCCAACAGAGGCAACCUUGGUACUGGCAUUGAUACAUCGAUGGGCAAGAUGCCGCUCGGCGACGUGAUCGAUCAGAAGAACGAGGCUGGAGAUAAGGCUCCGCCCCUGUCUGCUGGAGGUAUCAACGCUAUGAGGUAG